AUGUCUUCUCCAGACGAUUUUCAGUUCGGCGAAGUGCUUGGCGAAGGUUCCUGGUCAAUGGUUGUAAAAGCCGUCCAUGCAAGGAGUGGCAAGGUCUUCGCCGUGAAGAUAGUGAGCAAAGCUUUUCUCAAGAAAGAAGACAUGGUUUCGCAUGCGAUGGCGGAAAGGGAUGCCCUUCUCAAGCUUUUUCGAGGUAGAGGUGGCCCUCCGGGAUUUGUUCGCCUAUAUUCCACAUUUCAAGACCUCACAUCGCUAUACUACGUGAUGUCCUUAGCUCCGAAUGGAGAUUUUAAGGACCUCGUGAAGAAAUGUGGAUCUCUUUCGUUGGAUUGUGCUCGAUAUUACACCGCUCAAAUCCUUGAUGCCGUACAAUGGAUGCAUGCUCAAGGAGUAAUUCACAGGGACCUUAAGCCCGAAAAUAUUCUUCUUGACGAAUACUUACGUAUCAAACUCGCUGAUUUCGGUUCUGCGUAUGUAAUGGAUCCGGGAAAUCUAGGGCUGCGGAAGAGUACCUUCGUUGGAACAGCAGCAUACAUCUCACCGGAAAUGCUCUUACACAAUACUUCAGGUAAAAGCACCGACAUAUGGGCGAUCGGGUCGAUCUUGUAUUACCUAUUACUAGGCCGACCUCCGUUUCUAGCUCCCACCGAGUACUUGACGUUCAUGAAAGUCAAAUCACUCGAUUUUGUAUUCCCGGAGUCAGGAUUUGAUGCAGAUGCUAAGGAUGUAAUCUAUCAUAUUCUCGUGCUUGAGCCAUCCGACCGUCUUGGAGUGGAUCCAAAGUCAUCCCCCACGGCGCUUCGUAAACAUCCUUUUUUUGUUGGCCAUAAUUCAGGCUUGCCUCACUCCCAGGCUUACUUUGUUGAUUGGAGCACUCUUUGGACUAUUGAUCCAAUCGAGAUCAAAUCUGGACUUGUUCCGCCCCCUUCACCGCAGCCGGAAGAAAUAACUCAAGAAUUUUGGGACACUUUUGUUCAUGAAUUCAGCUUGGUUGCUGUCGAUGAUGGUAGUGGGGAGAAUUCCGACUCGGAAGCCUGA